UAUUUUAAUGACAGCGACAAUCUAUUUUAUUUUAAAUAAUAAAUUAUUAUCAAGAUCUGUCAUCCAAACACAAAUCGUCAAACUGUAAACUGUCAGGAAUCCUUGCGAGUAGUAUAAAAAUGGCCGCUACAGCAUCCGCUGCCGCAAAACAGAUUCAGAAUAAAUUUAAAGAAGUCCUACCUCUAUUGAACAGAGUCCUAGUGAAGAAACCGGAAGUCGAAACCGUCACCAAAGGCGGUGUGGUGAUACCAGAUGGGAUGGAACCGAAGCUCAAUAAAGCUACAGUUGUGGCUGUAGGACCUGGGGAGGUUAGCGAAACUGGCAAAGUAAUACCAGUUGGUUUGAAACCUGGAGACGAAGUGAUCUUGUCAAAUUACGAUGGAAUCAAAAUAGAGUUGGAAAAUGACGAGGUUUAUUAUUUGUAUAAAGAAAACGAAAUUUUGGCUAAAGUUAUUAACGAAUGAGUUAUUGAAAUAAUUUUUUUAAUUUUUUAAUUUAAUGUUAUUUAUUCAAUCUUUAAAAUAAAUAUUGACUUAU